UAAUUUUUUUCCGAGGAACUCGCGUUUCCUAAUCUUAAGAGAAACUUCGCAAAGCAUAAAAUGGCGGCUUGUAAUAUCGAUAAAAAAAGUCACUUAACUUCAGGCUGUGUGGUUAUAUGUAAAACUAAUUUAGGAAAAGAAUUCGAAGGUGAAGUAAUUUGUUAUGACGAAGAAACAAAAGCUUUGGUUAUAAAAUUAAAUCCUAAAAAGAAAUUCCUUUGUGAUGUAGUGGUUUUAAAUCUUAAUAUGGUUACUGAUCAAAAUUUUAAUUUAGUAUCAUUUCCUAAAAAUGACUCACAUUUAUUGCUUGAUAUUGACCGCGAAAAAGUAGAAAGAAGGUUAAGAUCAGCAAAAGAAAGAGUUGGUAUUGGUGUUACUGCAGAGGCUCAACUCUUUUUUGAUUUUCUUGCAAAGACAUUUCCUUGCCGAUGGUCUGGUACAAAUAUUAUUGCAUUAGAGGACAUUUGCAUCUCUCCACCUUACCAAUUAGAAAAUUUUUCUAGUGAAACAAGUUCGAUGGAUUAUGUAAAAACUGUAGCCAGCAAGUUUUAUGUUGGUUAACCCCGUGUUAUAUUGAAAGCAAAUAUUUUACGAUAUAAUCCACUGCCUAAUUUGUGAUUGAUUGUCCUACAAAAUAAACCAUUGGCUGUUAAAAACAAGAUAAUGUAAACUCAUUUGUUUUUGCAUUAAAUAAAAAAACAAUUUUUUAUUUCUAA